CUGAACAUUGUGAACGACGUGCAGGCAAGAGGAUGUCUACUCACUGUAAAGUAGUUUCCUUCUGUGUUAUGGUCAAGUUUGCGUUUUAGAAGAAACCUGAACUGGGCGAGGCUUCCUUCACACUCUGUUUGCGUCAUAUUCUGCGCAAUACGCAAUCUGCGCACAUACCGACUAUCGAGAGGUUGUGGAUUCGUCUGCACAUGUUUUGGUGAAAAAAAAUGUAGGUGAAUGUAUUUUGAUUAAUACAAAUGUAUUUUAUAGAAAUAUAUAUUUUUAAUAAAAUAUAUAUUUCUUGCAAUACUUCCCUCUAAAUUGAAGUGGAGUUCAAGUACUGUAAGUGGCAUUGAAUGGAUACACUCAAGUUACGUAUAGAACCUCCGAUUAUUACUUCAGUGCUAUACAAUUUCUCUGCAAAAGUAAUAAUACGUAGUAGUAAUAUAGUAAUAGUCUAAUACAAGUGAGCAUGUGUGAUUGUGUUUUUGUAAAUUCGUGAGAACGUUUCAGAUGUAAUAUUGUCACACAGCCCGUCAGGAGGAUCCCACGUUGUAACUAGGAACUUUCUUACGCUACUAGCGCAUUUAUACCCAGGACCUGGCAAACAUAACGAAACAUGUGACGCAUCUUGCGUAAGAGCUGCAGAGAAUACAGCAUACCAUCGCCAUAAAUGAAAGAAGUGGACCAAUGCCCAUGCGCGCUCUGCAGAGGACGUUGUUAUAUAUCCACAUUGACAUAAUCAUUCACAAAUAUCCAGCGGUGGAUUUAUUCUUCACACACCCUCCAGGUGAAGAUGUCCUCCCGUGUCCUGCUCACUGUCCUCUUUGCUCUUCCUCUGGCUCUGGGAUGGGUGGUACCAGGUGAAAGAGAAGAAGCCCAGAUGGUGUGUGCUGGGAGGGAAUUCCGCUUGCCUGUGUACUCGACAUCCAGAACGGUGACUUUCACACCAAACCCUGAGGGGCCGCGGCGCAUCCUGCUAGACAAAACCAUUGUAAAGGACCGGCGGUUUGAGUGGACCAGAGAUAAGAUGCUCGUCCUGAGGGAAGUGACUCACAGUGAUCAGGGACUUUAUGCCAUCAAACUGUUCUCUGGAUUUACCUACGAGGCUGUUCGGUUGACUGUUUCAGAAUGCAUCAAGUCCUACCACAGAAACUAUGGGGAUAAAUUUGAACACAACAUCCCUGAAAAUGGCUCCCUACUGGAGUUUUCUCCCCGCGGUGCUCCACCGGAGGCCAUGCCCGUAGUUCUGUGGAACCGGACCGACCCUAUGACCAGCAAUGCAGGCCGGGGGCGGCUGCUGCGGGGAGGGAAGGUCUGGGUGGCCGAGAGAGUGACGCAAGCGGACCAAGGCAACUACACUGUGAGGGACAGCCAGGGGAAGGUCCUGUCCCGCAACACUCUCACUGUCCGCGGCCACUCCUUCAAUGUCACCCGCUUUACCAAGGAGUCUCUAAACCUGCCCCUCUUUCUUCCUGUCCCUCAUGCCCACCUCAUUUUUACCCCCACCCGAUACCCUGACGAAUCCUCCCUGGGCCCUUUUGACCCCAAACCCCCCCGUGGCCCAGUGCAGCUGAUCCGCGAGGGCCAUAUAACGGACCACGACAUGCGCUACAGAGGCCUCAUCUCGCUGGGCCGAAGCGGCAGCAUUAAUGAGGUCAUCAUAGUGAGGCUGACUUCAAGGCAUGACGGAGUGUAUGAAAUCAGAGAUGUGGUUGGCAACCUGGUAUCCUCCACCUGGUUGCAGGUGAUCGAAAAAGGAGGCAGAUGGCGAGCAUUUCUCAAGUCCAUCACUGUCCCUGCUGGCAUGUUUGUGUCACUGAUUGGUUUCAUUCUGUUCAUGAAGCGUUACCCAAACUGCAGCCUGUCACAGAUCAUCGCCGGCCUCAGAGCCAACCGCACGCCACCAGCCAACCCUCCGAGGGUUAACAUCCAGGAUUACAGCCAGUCCAGCCCUCAACCCUCAGGCUACUACAGUCACUCUCAACUGCCUGCAACACCAAGAAAAUGUACCCCAAGAGCCAGUCCUACUCAUCCUGGUUACGGUCCAGUUGUGAUAGAAACUCAGAGAGUAGAGAAUCAGGAAGCACACGGAUUGGCAGCAACAAGCUCACCUUGUCCGAGUUCAACCACUGAGCGGGACACAUCUCACCACAAUGAGGAAGAGAGAAGGAUUUCCUUUUCGGUGCCUGGGGCUUCAGACUGCCUCCACUCCUCUGAAGACUGUGUUCAAUUUCAGAUCAAAAAAGAUGGAGAUAAAGGCAGGACGAGUACAUCACAAGGUUACUUUUCCACACUGCCACUAGACAGGGACACCUCUGAAUCCUGCAGUGUUUACACUUCAGAGAAACUGAACUUCUUAUAAAACCGAGAAUUGGAGCUAAAGGCAGAAGAAAUAACGCAAGGCAUGGAGGAACUUCAGUUUUGGAUUAGGAAGAGAAAGACCCCACCCGUGCCUUUUGCAUCUUAGCCUAGUUUUAAUGGUUCGGUAAUUGCAUGUCAUUUUUUCAUGUAACUUUUUUAUGAAGCACGAGUUGAGCAUUAUCCUUCCUGUCUCAUAGUACACAUUUCUUGACACUGAUGAUGGUGCUCCUGAAAUCUCCUGCUGUUACCUACCUCCAGACCCUCAGGACCAGUAUGAUCUGCACUGUAUUUGCUGAGUGUUUGUAUGAGUGUGUUUGUGAUGUGAUGUUGGGGGCUAAGUAGAAAUAAGAGUUGUGAUACAAAGGUUUGCAAAAGGGAAUUUUAAAGUAUUGUACAGUAAUAGAGAGUUUGUUUAUGUGUCAUUCUCCAUCCACCAUGCUAACCAUUUCUAAAUGCAACAACAAUUAAUUAUCAUGUUCAAUGUCUGCUCUGCAGUUCAGUGAUUUUUGCAGUGAUAUUGUGUAUUUACCCUCAAGGUAAUUGUAGUAAUAGCUUUGUGAAUUGUUCCACCAAAUAUUGCAAUAGGCUAUUAAUCUAUGAACGUUGUAUACAGGAUAAUAUCUCAUCACCAAAUCUUUCUAUUGACAAAAGAGAUUGGACUGCUGCUUGUGAUAUUUACGGACGUUCAAAACGUCAUCUGUUAAACAAUAAAUAUAUCUUUAACACACA